UUUGCUUCGACCAGUCGAAUUGUUAAAUAAAAAAAUCUGCCGGCGUUGAGUUGUGCGACUGAAGAAAUAAUGAGAUUUGAUAGAACUUGGCUUCAUAGUUUCUUUGGUAUUCUGUGUAUCAUACGAUAUGUGUGCCUUCUCAAUGCAGAUGACCUCGAGAUAAAAAAAUGGCUUGUAUUCGAGGUGACGUCAAAUCUUUCUGGCUGCCAAGUCCAGAGGAGCGAACUGGAAUCGGUGACGUUAGGGAACAUGAGCUGGAAUAUGAGCGUCCAGUUUGAAGAUUUUAAUUCGAGCGCCAGCAACACCAAUGAGAAUGCAUCUCUGAUCACAGGCCUACUGAUGCUGGUGAUGAAUCCCGUCACUCAUAACACAACAUUUGCAAAGAUGUUCCGCACGCACGAGUUGUUCGGCUUCUACCUGGACUUGCGGUGGCACCUGACGCGGCUGCAGACCGGCAGCGUCGUGGCCCUGGUGGUGUCAGCCGUCGGCACCGCGGGUCUCAGGGGCGCGGCUGACGACCUCCGUGACGCAGGGGCGCUCAUGGCGCACCAUUUGCCCGCCGGCGCCCACUGGGUCUGGGUCUUCGUCAAGGGAGGCAGGACGUUGCUCGAAACUGCCGUGCUGGACACCCAGGGCCCUGUCCUUGCGAAUGUGUUUAUCCCUGUUGCUGAUGCCAGGGAUGUGACCCAAAUAAUGGAGACGGAUAGAUAUGAAAUUUGCCAGACAAUGAAUAUUCUCGAUGAUUUAUGUUCAGAAACUUGGUUUCCAUUUCCUCGUUCGGUUUUAAACAAUAGUGAUUUUCUUGAUUCAAUUCCCAUCGUGAUGACAGUGGGUACCAGACCGCAGUACAUGUACGCAGCACUUAAAGCAAUGCAUCUCUCACCAGGGUUCCGACCUGAAAAUUUGCAUGUGCUCUGUGGAGGACAAACUGCAGACACAUUGAAACUAUUAGAUUUCUUUAAACUAAAUUACACUGUAAUUGAGAUCGAGGGUACGGGAAACCCGAUGCUGUUCCAGUACUACAGGAAAGUUUUCAAGUUCAUAGCCGAAAAUUUCCAGAGUGCCGACGCAGUGAUGAUCAUAGAUGAGGACGUGGAGGUAUCCCCUGACUUCUUCUCAUACAUGUCACAAGUUAUGCCGGUGAUGAUGCGGGACCCAACUCUGUAUUGCGCUACAGCAACGAGCUUCUUCCCCAGCCCCCGCCUGUAUCUGUCGAGGAACAGAGUGAGAAGAGGGGAGUCUCAAGUAGGCUGGGGCUACGCUAUUAAAAUGAGUGUCGUAAGGCAGGCUCUGGAGCGAUGGCCCACUACGCUAGAUUCUUAUGCCAUGUACGACCACUGGAUCUACGAGGAGGUCGUUGAGAGCGGGGAGUGCAUAUUUCCUGAGGUGUCACGGGCUAAGCAUUUCGGAGUAGGGAUCAAUGCAGUGGGCAUACACAUGGAAACCAAUUUCCUUCAAGUUCAGAUGGAAAUGCAGUCUGGCAUGGAAAUUUAUUCCCUUGAAGACAUUCCGUUACUACGAUGGCGAAAAAAUCUACAAGUAAAGCUUGAGAAUUCUGAAAUUAUUUCCGGUGAUCCAUGCUCUGACAAUUUCUUCACCGAUCGUGAAGAUGGCAGCUAUAUUUUUGCGUAUCAUCUGGAGGCAAAUGCGGAUGGAAGCUAUGACAUGAUCAGCUAUUUUAUUUCGGGUCUUUGUUGCUGUGAACUCACUUACUCCGGCAUAGAUUAUGGUAGCCACGAUCAUGUAGUCAUGGCCCGCGUCAAGCCUGGCGUUGAGAUUUACUUUCUUGGUGCCCCGUUGUCGUCCUUCAGUUACGUGCUUGAUAAUAAUACGGCUGCGUGGAACUACAAAGCUCUAGAUGAUUUAGGGAAAGUUAAGGCUUUGGAAAAAGCUGCUGAAUUUCAAUUGAGAGUAAAAAGUGAAUUAAAGUCGAAAUAUAAUAAGAAGAGAUUCAUGCACGAGGUCUUUAGCGACGGCUUUGAUUAUAUGUAACGUAGACGAAUAUUGUAAGUA